CCAUAUUUGUGCCACAUUCGUUCUUCUCUCAAAGAACACCUAGAGAGAAAGAAAAACAUUUGAUUAAGGAAACAACUUUCAUUAGCAACAUUGAAAUCUUGCUUUGAAUUGUGGUUUCUAAUAAUGGGGAGUCUAGAAGGAAACAACAUGCUUUCAAUGGUUGUUAGCAAUGCCAAGCUCGCAAGGGAAGAAGAGAGACAAGAAAACAUUAAUAUUACAAACACAAACCUUACUAUCAACCAAUGCAUUGGCGAAACAGAUGCCAAUUUGAAGGCAAUAAUUACUCACUAUGUGGACACUCUAACCUACUCCAGCUUGCGUAACUUAGGGUAUCCCACUAAUCAAGACUUCAACUAUGACGCAUUAGCAUCGUUGUUUCAUUUUCACUUGAACAAUGCUGGUGAUCCAUUUGUUGGAAGCAGUUUCUCUUUAAAUUCAACAAAAUUUGAAGUUGGUGUGCUUGAUUGGUUUGCUGAACUAUGGGAGAUUGAGAAGAGUGACUAUUGGGGAUAUGUCACAACUGGUGGAACUGAAGGCAAUCUUCAUGGAAUUUUAGUAGGGAGAGAACAAUUUCCAGAUGGAAUUCUAUAUACCUCACAAGAUUCACAUUAUUCAAUAUUCAAAAUAGCAAGAAUGUAUAGAAUGGAGUGUGUGAAGGUUGGCUCUUUAUUAUCUGGUGAAAUUGAUUGUGUUGAAUUAGAGGCUUCUCUACUUGCUCACAAGGACAAACCAGCCAUCAUCAAUCUAAACAUAGGGACAACUAUGAAAGGAGGUAUUGAUGAUCUUGAUAUUGUAAUACAAACAUUGAAAAAAUGUGGUUUUACUCGUGAUCGAUUCUACAUUCACUGUGAUGGAGCUCUAUUUGGAAUCAUGCUUCCUUUUAUCAAACAAGCUCAAAGGAUUAGUUUCAAGAAACCAAUCGAUAGCGUAACCAUUUCAGGUCAUAAGUUUUUGGGAUGCCCAUCUCCUUGUGGUGUUGUGAUAACUCGUUUGAAAUACAUUAAUGAAUUAUCUAGAGAUGUUGAAAUAAUUGCUUCAAGAGAUGCCACAAUCACUGGUAGCCGUUGUGGGCAUGCUCCAAUAUUGCUUUGGUAUGCUCUCAAAAAAAAAGGUUUAAUAGGGCUUAAGAACGAAGUGCAUGAAUGCAUAAUUAAUGCACGUUACUUAUUGGAUCAACUACGUGAUGCUGGAAUUGGUGCAAUGUUAAAUGAAUUUAGCAACAUAGUUGUCUUUGAAAAACCCUUAGAUGAUAACUUUACUCGUAGGUGGAAUUUGGCAACCAAAGGAAAUAUUGCACAUGUGGUAGUGUUGAUGCAUGUUACUAAGGAAAUGUUGGACACAUUUGUUCGUGAGUUUAUUCAAAAACGAUCUAUUUGGUACAAACAUGGACACUUUCAACCUCUAUGCAUUGCAAACCACGUUGGUUCUACAAAUUGUGUUUGUUCCAUCCACAAGUUAUCUUGAUUUAUUCAGAAACUAUAUAUUCAAGAAUAAAAUAAAAAUUAUAUACUCUAUUAUUUACUCAAUCUUGUCAUUAUAUCGUUUUUUCCAAGUGUGUUUGGACGACAAAAGUAUACCACACAAAAAAUAUAAGAAUUUGUAAUUUAUUCCUUAGUCUAUGAGUAUAAUAUUAGUCUCAAAUUGAGCAAA